AUGUCGUUGUUCAAAGUUAAGGCCAUCUUCGAGUACGCCUCGGGCCACGAGGACGAUCUCAACUUCCCCGCCGGUCAGAUCAUCACCGUGACCGAUGAGGAGGACGCCGAUUGGUAUGGCGGAGAAUACGUCGACGAGGCCGGUGUCAAGCAAGAGGGCAUCUUCCCUCGCAACUUCGUCGAACGCUACGAACCCCAAGCUCCGCCCCGCCCAACAAGACCAACCCGUGCUGCCAAGCAGGAGCCUGAGCAUGUCGCCGCUCCCGAGCAAGCAGUCUCCCCGGAGCCUGCGCCUGCUCCUGAACCCGUGCGCUCGCCAUCACCUCCUCCUGUUGCUUCCGCCCCUCCGCCUGUACCUGUACCAGCUGCCGAACCCCCGGUCCCCAAGCCCGCUCCGCCCCCGCAGGCAUCCGCCCCUCCGCCGCCAGUUCCGCAGGCAGUUCCGCCGCCUGCCGAAGCCCCGAGAGUGACGUCUCCACCUCCCAAGCCCGCCCCUACACAACAACAACAACAACAGCAGCAGCAGCAGCCAUCCAAGCCCAGCGGCCCUCCCCCCGUCGCAGAGAAACCCUCGAGCUUCAAGGAUCGCAUUGCUGCCUUCAACAAAGCUGCGGCCCCUCCCCCUGCCCCCUUUAAGCCUACCGGUCUGAGCUCUGGCGCCAACUUCAUCAAGAAGCCCUUUGUUGCGCCUCCUCCCAGUAGGAACGCUUACAUUCCUCCUCCCCAGCAAGCCCCCGUUGCCAAGAUCUAUCGCCGUGACGAAGAUCCGGAGAUCAGGGAACAAGAGGCUCAAGCCCAAGAGAAUGCUGCCAAAGCAGGUCUCGCCCCUGCCUCUGCCUCUGCCUCGAACGAGGGAGAAGGUGAGGAGGAACAGCCGAAGCCGCUGAGUCUCAAGGAGCGCCUGGCCCUCCUGCAGAAGCAGCAGAUGGAGACGGCUGCUCGACAUGAGGCCAAGAAGGAAAAGCCCAAGAAGCCCGUCAAGAAAAAGGUUGAGACCCACGAAGCCGCCGAGGAGGGCGAACCCGCCGCGGUACCCCUCGAAAGACAGGACACCGAAGAAACUGUAAGAAAGUCGGUGGAUGAGGCCCUCCACCCACGCGCGCCAGCGCCCAGGCGCAAGUCAAACUUUGGUGUCGAGCCCAAUGAUGGCAACGAGGCCGACUUGUCUGGCGCCGGUGAGACAACGGAGGGACAAGAAGAUCUGACUGAAAAGGAGGAGGUUGAAGAGCACAAGCAUGUUGCUACUGCCGCUAAGCAGGAAGAUGCCAAGCUUGCGCAGGAAGAGGACGAAGAAGACGAGGAGGAGGAAGAAGAAGAAGAGGAAGAAGAAGAGGUUGACCCGGAGAUCCGGCGUAGGGAGGAAUUGCGUGCUAGAAUGGCCAAGAUGUCUGGCGGCAUGGGUUUGCCCGGAAUGCCUGGCAUCUCCCUCUUCGGCGGCCCGCCUCCUAUGCUGCCCAAGAAGAAGAAGCCUGUUCCUGAGAAGGUGGAGGAAUCUGAAGAACAGCCCACUUCCCCGGUCCAGCGUGCGCCUCCUAUCCCGACCAUGAUGGCUCUCCCUGGUAUGUCCCGGGCACCGGAACCUGUGCGUUCCCCUGAAGUCGAGGAGCCCCGUUCGCCCUUGCAUGCGCCGCCGCCGCCCACUCGUCCUCCUCAGCAGGCCGAACCGGAACAGCCGGUGUCUGAAGAGGAGGAAGAGGAAGAAGAGGAAAGUGAGGCGCCAACACCGUAUCAGGCACCUCCUCCGUCUUUGCCUUCGAGGGACCCCGGGGUACCGCCUCCUGUUCCUGGUGGAAGACCAGCUCCUCCCCCCGUUCCUACCGAAGCCCGUCCGCCUCCCCCGCCCCCGACUGCAUCGGCCACAAACUCGCCCAGUGAAGGCUCUGCAUCGGAUGACGAGCUCUCGGAAAGGCCCCAGGAGGAGUCUGAUACUCCGCGCGUUGCUGAGACAUCGCAUACAGCUCGGGCUCCGCCGCCGCCCCUUCCGGCUCUUGCUCCGCCGACACCGCAGAUGCCUCCUCCCCCGGUGUCACCCCCAACCUCGCCUGGUGCUUCGCACGGCAGACGCCAGUCGUAUUACGAGGCAUCACCUCGGUCCCCUCCGCUGCCCCCUGCUUCACCGUCAGCCAAGCGUGAAAGUCGCUUGCCUCCUCCGAUUCCCGGUAUGGUCCCGGUGAGCCGGGCUCCUCCCCCGCCUCCCCCGGCAGCGCCACCAAGAACACCGACUACGGAUACUUUCCAUCAACGCCAGCAUUUGUCUCCUGGAAGGGGGCAUGACAAUGAAGAAGUGGAAGAAGAGAUUACCGAGUACGAAGGGGAUUACGAUACGGACAUUGCUUCCUCUGUUCCUCAUAAGGAUGCGCUGAAGUCUCAUCAACGUGAUACGAGUUUUGACGGGCCCGCGUCGCCACGCUCGCCCAUGUCCCGCCCACCUCCUCUUCCCCCGACAUCACCACCGAGAGCCGGUCCCCCUCCUGUUCCACUCAUGUCUCCACUAGAAAGCCGCAAGUCUGUCGACGUGCCACGCGCGGCCCCUCCGCCUCCUCCGACGCAAGAGAUGCCUCGAUACGGGGAAGGAGACUUCGACCCUUACAACUACUCUUCGCCGACUCACGGAUCAUCGUCGAUACCGUCCUUCCCUUUGCCUAAUUCGCCCCCGUCUGAACCAUACUCUCCUGAAACCCCUUUCCACGGGACCCCUCAAAAUCUAAGGGCUCCUCCCCCGGCGCCGCCCGGUAGUGGCCGCCCGUCGACCCGGCAGUCGAUGGAUACCCCGCGUUCAAAUUUGCGGCGAUCUGUAGAUAUGACGCGGCCAUCAAUGGAAUCAGGCUUCGUUGCUAACGACAUCGACCUGGCCAGCCAGUCGACUUGGUGGCUACAGCCCAAGAGCCUCCCCCCACCUCUUCACGGACGCAAGGACAUCCUCUUUGAGUCUGAGGAGUCUACCGCGUCUGACCCCCACUCUGGUAAGACUAUUGUCACCCGGGACAUCUACGUCUUGUUCCAGGACUACUCCCAGACCGUGAUCACCGUUCGCUUCAACUCUCAAGACCCGUCCGACGUCGAACUUGAGCAGCGCCACGAACCCCCUCCCCGCACCCUGCGUCAAGACCAGCUUGAGCAGAGCUACGAGCGCUUUGGACGGGCUAUCAGCGAGGCCGUGUCCGGUAAGAAGGAAACCGUCGUCGGUGACGGUACUCCCCAAGCACUGAUCUACGAGCUCCUCCGUCCCUUCAAGGACGCCCUCCUGCCCGUCGGCACGCGCGCCUAUGGCGCCCUGGUGUACUCCAACCUGGCCAACGCGAGCACUACUCAGAACGACGAGAUCCGCCCCGGCGACAUCAUCUCCGUCAGAAACGCCAAGUUCCAGGGCAAGCACGGCGCCAUGCAUGCCAAGUAUACCAUGGAGGUUGGUAAGCCGGAUCACGUCGGUAUCGUGGCCGAGUGGGAUGGCACCAAGAAGAAGGUCAGAGUGUGGGAGCAGGGCAGGGAGAGCAAGAAGGUCAAGGUCGAGAGCUUCAAGCUUGAUGAUCUGAGGAGUGGUGAGGUCAAGAUUUGGAGAGUCAUGCCCAGGAGCUGGGUCGGCUGGGAGGGAGGGAACUAGGAUUAGGAUUCCUCAUCGACCGGUGAUGGGCCAUUGACGACGCUGAACUCUAACGAGAGUCUGUCUAUGACUGAGGCAAGGAGAGUCGAGCGGUUCAGUGGAAUUGGUAGUGUAUUUGGUGUCUUGGCGAGAGUUGUAGGCUCUGACCAGUGGUAAUUGCAAGGUGGGAAGGCCGCGGGCAUUGAGAAAAGAUUAGGUUCUUUGAAGUUCAAGCUGCUGCUGCAUGCAGCUGUUCUUCUUUGCCCUAACGUUUUCUCUCUCCUUCUUUUGCGUGUAAGUAUUUUGCGUGUUUGUUUGGUUGUCAUAAGAGGGAUCAGUGAUGGAAGAAGGAAGUGGGUGGAAGUGAAGGGAGCUUCUGAGAGAGGUGAGGUGAUGAUGCUGCUUGGGUGGUGGGAGAAAUUUGUCUUUAUUACAAGUCAUCACACACUACUGAACUCCAAGUCAUAAUAAGUUUUCCCCCAUACAUAUAAAACAAAUCACAACAAACAAAACAAAUCACAACAAACAAAACAAAUCACAGACACAUUGAUUGGCAGCAACAGCAACAGCAAUAUAACUUUGAAUUUGCG